ACAGGACGGUACAGGACGCUGUACAGUGAGUAAUUAGUGACUUGUUGCAGAGUAUAGACGACCUUUUAUCCGCGAUGUGAUACAAUUUAAAGGUUCUAUUGAGAAAGCGUGUUGUGGAAACGUGAGGUAACAGCAAAGAUGCAUCGGCUUGUAUUCACUAUUUUUAUCUUGAAGGCACUUUGUCUCAUUGCAGCUGAGGCAGUAUCCAACGGUCAGUGCUCAGGUAUCAGCGAGGAAGUCGGUUGCACAGAAUGCACAUCAGGGGGUUACUGUAUGGCUGGCAAAGUGCCAGUCGAUCCUUGGUUUUCGUUUGCCGCCAAGACUCAACGUGAACUUCAGAUUGAUGAGCCAUGGAACAAUCUCCAACUUCUGGAUGCCCACAAUGCCUACAACGCGAGGGUCUUCGGUUAUGGAAAUAAUGACACGUGUAAUUGGCCGCCUCCUUAUGACAACAACUUUUGUUGGACCUUUGCCAAUCAAGUGUUUAGUUUAACUGACCUGCUGAAUAUGGGCAUCCGCGGUCUGGAGAUCGACUUUUGGUGGUGCGCCGACGGAGCGAUGCGCAUGGCCCAUCUGGCCAACGGCGUUGGCUGCAGACCAACAGACAGACUAUACUCUGACGGCAUCAAGGAGAUCGGUGAUUGGCUGAACCAACCCGGAAACCAGCAAGACAUGCUACGAAUAUAUCUAAACGAAAAGGAAGAUCAAGGUCAUGAUGACGAGGUGCACGGCCCGCUUGAGGAGUUCUUGGGAGAUCGAAUACUGACACCAUCUGAGCUCCGGGACGAAUACGGUGGCGUUUGGCCAACCAUGAAGCACAUGAGAAAGGUGGGUAAGAACAUAGUGAUUGCUGCGUCAGGGGAGGCAUACACCCACGGUGACGUUUACAUCCACCGUCGGUACUGGAAAGAUGUCGGAGUCAACAGUUUUACAAACUAUCCUGGAUGUGGGGUCAAAAACGCUACCAACACGCUCCGCUACUUCAGCGAUGGGACACACUAUGGACCCUUCUACGAUGGCGUAACUGACACGGGAAUCAUUUUGGACUUCACCGAGUUCGUCAAGUGCAGAGUUGAGUAUCCUGCCACGGACUUUAUCACUCCUGAUGUGGUGAAAACAGCGAUAUUUACCUGGGCGGAAGGCCAGCCGUCCGAACCGCUCGACGCAGACUCCUGCGUCUGGAUCAGCAAAACCGAUUGGCGUUGGUACCUCUCGGAUGAUUGUUCCAUCGAGCUGUACCACGCAUGUCAGAGCCUAAACGAUCCCGAUGAUUGGACAAUAAGUUCAUCUCCUGGGCCAUACCGACCAAUCACAGCAGAGUGUCCGACUGGAUAUGCUUUCAGCGUUCCACAAGACGGAUACAGGACUCAAAAGCUUCGUGAGUCGUCUGGAGGCAAUUCACUCUGGCUCAACUACACGCCGUGGCUCCCAGAACCAGUAGGGUCGACAGCGCCCUCCAGCAACGUGUCCACCUGCCUGUCAUCCCUCCUCUUCCUGGCUACUUUGGGUGUGGUCAAGAUGCUCAUAGAAUAGCCAGAAAGCCAUCGUGCAUUGAGAAUGUGUUGCGGAUUGUUCUAAAUAAUGGGGGGGGGGGUGCUUGCCAUUA